UUGCUUAACGCAGCUGCAGCAAUAAUCAAUCAUUAAUAUGUAUUUUGUUUUUGUGGCUGAUCUCUGUAAAUGUAGUAUUCUGUGAUUUAACAUUAAAAUGAAAAUGUUUGUAUGUAUUAUUUAAAAACAUUUCAUUUGUUGCUAAGCUUUGUUUAUUGUAAUACUAACCAAACGGAAUUUUAAAUAUAGUAAAUUACAAAUUAUUUAAUUAUGAGUGAAUCUGACACUAGUGAAGAAGAGUGCGAAGGAUUGUUAAAAAAAGCAUUACAGGUCGAAUUUCCUGAGAAUUUUAAUCCAAAUUCAGUUCCUCAGAAUGGACAAGAAUAUUUGCACCAUGUUAUAUAUGAAAGACGUAGAUGUAGAAAAUUAGUGACUGCGAAUAUAGAUACUGAUAGAUUUAAAAGUAAACAAACCAUUCACAUAGCCCUGGACAAUUCAAAAAAAGAAGCACCAAAAUAUUGCAUACCUUCUGAAGAAUGGCAAAUUGAAAAAUUAAACGAUUUUUCAGAAUUUAGACAAUAUGUACACUCAAAAAUAUUAGAAGAGCCAACCGAAACAAAUUUUGAUGAAUUGGGUUUCAUAGAAAGAAUUAAAGGAGAGACACCAGUUUUUUCAGAAAUAACAAAAUAUUCUCAAUCAAGUAAGAUAAGGAUGCUUCAGAUAAUUACCAAAUAUUUGGAUAACUUAGAGCCAGGGGAAAGCAUAUAUGGUAAUAUGGGAACCUGGGUUUAUGCAAUUUUAACAUUACUGGAAAAACCUCUCAGUCCAAGCUACUGCCACACUAUUCGGGAAUUUGCCAAAAGGUGUUCUGUGGUUCGAUUUAAUUUAUCUGAGACUGUUGAAGAAUCUGCAUAUACUCCUUUAAAUUUGUAUAUAUGCUUAAUUGCAAAAUAUUUUAAUCAGUUAGACUUAGCAGACUGAUGACUUAAAAAGUUAUUUUUAUACUGCGGUAUUAAAAGUAUGAUUUACUAAAUGUAAUAUUUUUUAAUAAUACACAUUUUAAAUAUU